CUCAGAGCUAUCAGCAGGGCUGGUCCUCCGCCCCAAACACGUGUCCUACCGGGGGAAAGCGAUCCCGGCCGGACCCGGGGCUCACCGAGGCCAUAAAUAGCCCUGGGAGGUGGCCCAGCCCUCUUCAGUGCCGGGGAAGAGAUGGAGGUGGGCUCGAUGAUGGCAUCUGGGCCGUUUAGGGCCGAGGCAAGCUCCCUGAGACCCCUGUGCAGGAAUUUUGCCCGUGGAUCCUGUCGGUGGGGCCAGAGCUGCCGCUUCUCACACGACAGAGAAUCAGCCCGGGUGUGCAGGUACUUCCAGCGUGGCUUUUGCCGUUAUGGAGAGCAGUGCAGCUACCUGCACAUCCUGGAGGAGCCAGCACCGGUGGGGACACAAUAUGGCCUGAUGCCUCACUGCCACUGGGGCCAGGAGCCUGGCACUGAGCCCACAGCCAUGGAGCGGGACCAGGGGGGAGCCCAGCGCACCUCAGCCCGCAGCACGAAGCGUGUGGCCUUCAAGUUCCCCAAGGUGGAGGUAGAAGUGGAAGAGAAAGACAAGAAGAACAUCCCAGCACUUGGUAACAUCCCCCGUGGGGCCAUCAGUGGAGAAUUUGUCCCCACAAAAGCUCGGGGUGCCUCAGGCUUCCAGCCACAAGGGCCAGCACCGGAUCCAGGCUCCUCUGACCCCAAAGAGGCAGGUGUGGAGACGGCGACACGGACUGACCCUGCAAAGGUCCCUGCAGAGCCAGCAGCCGAGGCAGCCCUGCUCACCAGCGCAGCACUGAGAGCCCGGAGCGAGGCCGUGGUGUGUGGCAUCUGCAUGGACAGGGUGUACGAGAAGCCGCUGGCCGAGGAGCGGCUCUUCGGCAUCCUCCCGAACUGCAGCCACGCGUACUGCGUGGGCUGCAUCCGCAAGUGGCGCCGCAGCCGCGCCUUCCAGAGCGCCGUCAUAAAGGCCUGCCCAGAGUGCCGGAUCCCCUCCAGUUACUACAUCCCCCACAAAUACUGGAUCGCAGACGUGGCUGAGAAGGAGAAGCUCAUCAGAGCCUUCAAGGCACGGACAGGGAAAAUCAGGUGCAAAUUCUUCCUCCGUGGCCACUGCCCUUUCAGAUCCGAGUGCAUCUACCUGCACGAGCUGCCUGCCCGCUGGCUGAGGAGGCACAGGCAGCGGCAGCUCAGGAUGCCCACUGUGUUCAUCCCUUCUUCCUCGGAGAGCUCUGACGAGGAGGAUGAGGAGCUCUGCACGCUGGAGUGGGCUCUUACCCUGGCCAUGCUGGAGACAGAGCUUCCCCACUCAAGUUAUGGCCACGAGCUGCUUCUCAUUGACUUCAGCGACUCCGACUGAGCCGUAGGGACCACGCUGGGCCUGGUGCUGCUGCUGGCCUGGACCCCGGCGUCUCUUUUGACUCCUGCCAUGGUUUUGGGGUGGCCCUGGCCGUGGGGUGCUGCA